AUGUUAAUUUUCUACUUAAUUUCUAUUGUCCUCGCUCAAGUCCCCAAUCAAAUAGCUCUUCUUUUGAAUAUCACAUUUGCUGUUGACAAUACUCAAGUCUCUAAUCCUCUUUAUCCUCCCUUUGCAACAUGAGACUUUGGAAGCUACAGUUUUUUGAAAGUUCUCACUGGCAAUGAGGUCGUUCAAUUCACUGCAACCUCAAUUUUUACUUAUCCUUCUAUAUCUGCCAGUUUGAAUAAUCAAGAAUCAGUGCCUUUGAUUUCGAAUGCAACUCAAAAUUUAUCAAUCCUUGGAUCUCUUCAGCCAGGCCCAAAUACACUAGAGAUUACAUCCUCUUACAAGUCUUAUGUCUACACUUACCAAAUCGACAUCUUCGUGAAGUGCUUGGACUGUGAACUCCUUAAUAUAAAAUUUUAUGCAAAUGGCACAAGCUUAAGCUAUAGUCCAAGUAUAUCAUCAAGCAUCAUGGACUACAACUGUUCCAGCACCUUAUCUCAAGCUAUUUCAGACUUAGCAGUAAUUCCAACUGCUUCUAGUAACUCAUUGAUUUCUAUUCAACAUCUUUCCAUUGUCCAAUUUUCGCCUAAUAUUUAUAAUCUCACAUCAGAUUCAAACUUCACAGUUACUGGUUUCUUUGAUAAUUUCCUAGAAAAUAUUGCAAGAAUAAAAAUUUCGUCCACUCAAGACCCAAGUUUAUAUCAAUAUUAUUACUUCAGGUUUAAUAAAGAUGUACCUAAUAAUGUCCCAUUAUCGGCUACAGCCAAGCUUACAAACCAAGAAGCUCCUCUUCCUUACUAUUGAGAUUUAAAGCCUAGGUUUCACCCAAACACUUAUAACUAUACCCUCGUCCCUCCACUUGCCUCAGAUUCAGACCGAAAUACUCUUCUUUUAUUUACUGCAAAAAUUCCUACCAUAUGUGCAGUCUAUCCAACCCUUGGGCCUUUUCAGCAUUUUUAUUGGUCGACAGGUACAUAUUCUCCUGGAUUUGAUCUGGACUUAAAGUGGGCAUAUUAUACUUGCAAUUUUUUUGACUGAACUGGUUCAACUGUGUCAAAUAUGUAUAGCUUUACCUUUUACCGAAUGUCAAGAAACGUUAAUUUAGGCUCUUUAAGGUUCUUUUUAAACCCAAUAUUGAUGGUUGACUCAGCUGACCACUCAUCUAAUUCUUCAUCGCUCGAAUUAGGGUACAGUUAUCAAUACAAUGCAACAAAUCUUUCAUCGACUACUGCUGUAUAUGAUGCUACCCCGGAUUUGGCACAAGUUUUAACAGUCCAAUCAUUUGCUUCAACAAGGAGGUAUUGGAAUCUUGAAGAUAUUAAUUUUGACCCUAAUUCUCCAGGACUUAUGAUACUAGCUACUGGCGAAGAUUCAGGAGCUACAGUUAAGUAUAGUCUAAAUGGAGCUGCAAAUGAAACUGACUAUUUUAAUUCACCAAAAACAGUGUCUCCUUUAAAAGUUGGCCAAAAUAACUUAAAUUUCUAUAUCGUUUCUGAAGAUGAAGCAUAUGAAUAUAUAUAUUAUGUCCAAUUCAAUUAUCUUUCUGGUGACACAUCACUACUGUAUCUAAAUUUUGAAGGCUCAUUGGAUCAAUCACCAAGCUUUUCUUCUGCGAAUGAUUUUUAUUCAGUUACUAUUCCUGAUAGCUUGGAAAGUUUCUCAAUCCUUUGCCAAACUACUGAUUCAAAUGCAUCCUUAUAUUUAACUUCUCCUUAUAAUAUUACCAAUUAUGGCUCUUUGAGCUUGAUGAACUCAACACUGUUACUGCCUAUCACAGAAGUCUAUGGGCUAAAUUUUACCCUCAAAGUCAUUGCUGAAAGUACAAAUAUCCAUAGAGAAAUAUCAGUCACUAUGAAUAGGCAGGAUGCUUGUGGAAAUGGAAGAAGAUGGUCAACUGUAGAAGAAUGCGAUAUAGGAGUAGAAAGUGAAAGCAAUAAAGGCUGCACAAACUGCAAAAUAGAUCAUGGAUAUACUUGCUCUGGGGGAGGUCUAAAUUCUCCAGACGUUUGCUCGUCGAUUCCUCAAGGCAAUAAUAAUACUUCGUCAGACCCUUCAACAGGAAAUAAUAGCACGACUGGUGGUGGCAAUAAUUCUACAAACUCAACAGACAAUAAUAGCACUAAUUCAAAUAAUAAUACAUCAUCAAACCAAACAGAUCCAGGGAAUCCAAGCAAUAAUAAUACCAACCCUUCUAAUCACACAAUACCGACAGAUAAUACGAAUGGCUCAAACAACACUAAUGGGACUGAUCCUGGCUCCGGCUCAAAUAACAAUAAUGGCGGAAACUCAAAUAAUAAUAACAAUGGAACCUCAAAUAACAAUAAUAACGGAACCCAAAACAAUUCUAGCUCAAGUGGAAAUAGCACAAAUCCAGGCGGAGGUCAAUCAGGUGGAAACAAUACAGACUCAGGCGGAAAUCAGACUUGUAACCAAACCAAAUGUGAUAAUUCAACUAUAGUGUGCACCAAUGGAACAAUUUAUAACGAAACAUUAAAUAAGUGCAUUGAUAUUCCUUCUAAAAACCCUAACAGAUCUACUUCUUCCUCAUCAUUUUCUUUCAAUAUAGGAAAAUACACAGGCUUGCUGACUCUUUUUAUGGCUGGAGCUUCCAUUAUCUAUGGCUCAAUCUCCAAAAUAAGACUUGAAAAAGCAAUUGGAAAUUUCUUAGGUGGUAUAAUUACUUUAAUCAGUUCAUAUCAGGUUAUGUACUUUGCUUAUUCAUUUUCAGAGACAAAAACACUAUCAAAGUUCCUUAAAUCUUUAGAAUGGAGCAUGUUUAGACUCUUUGAAACUCACUUUAAAGGGCGUCAACUGCUUGAUGAUAACAUUUUUCCUUCACAAAAUCCUGAUGCUUCUAAUAUCUGGUUCAAUGCUGGCCAGGUCAUGAUCUACUUUGCUGGAAUUGUUCUCCUCAACCUCUUGAUUUUUGGUGUCUGCAUUUUUAUCCCAAAAAAUAUUUCAGAGCUCUUCAAAAACUUUUUCUUAUUCAAAAUUUAUAUUUAUUACGCUUUUAUCACUUAUCAGAUCAUUGUGGGGUAUUUCUUCAUGCAGCUAACUGACAUGGAAGAAUGCGAUUCAGCAGAAACAGUCAUAUUUUUUAUCUGCUGCUUAGUGUAUACAAUUGCCUUGCCGAUAAUCCUUGUAAUUAUUUCGAAAAAAUUACAAAAUGAGGGGAAAAAUUCAAGCCAAAUUGAGCCACUGUUGAUUGGGCUGCGGUUUAAGCAACAAGUAGCACCUAAAGAAGAAUCUUUUGAUGACUUUGAAUUGUCAAGUAGUGAUUAUGAUAGCGAUGGCCAAAGAAAGCAGGGAUCUCCUAAAGUAGAAAGUAUGACUGUUAAAAAUGAUAUUUCACAGAAUAAGGCUGAAAGAUCAUUUAUUCUUGAAAAGAAAGAAAACCGGCCGGUUUUCUUUUCAACUCCUUGGAAAAAGCUUGAAAGUAUUUCUGAUGCUUCAGUUUCUGAUUUUACUCCACAGAAUCAUGAAGAAAUUACAUUUGCAGCUAUUCCUGAGCCAAGCUCAGUAAAAAUCGCUAUGCACUAUUAUCCUAUCUUGCUGCUGCAGAAAGUCUUGUAUUUGUUCUUCAUUGUAGUUUUUCCAGACGUUUGGAGCAAAACAAUUCCUUGUUUUUUUACUGGCGUGAUCUUUUCAGCACUUGUCGUCCUAAAGCAGCCUUUUGAUAGCUUUUACUACAAUUUACUGCACUUUAUUUAUCACCUACUUACAGCGUUCUUUUUCUUAGCUCUAGGAAUAGCAGAAGAAUACAAAAAUAAUGGUCUAGAGUACUUCGCAAUCACAAUAGCAUGCUUAAUUAUUUUAUGCUUUGUGGUAUGCACUAUAGCAGAAACGACCCUAUUUACGAUUAAGAUGGCAAAAUCCUGUAAAAGAAAAAAGAAGAGCUAUACUCUAAACUUAGACAAGCUGGAUAACUGUGAUAAUACUUAUGCUCCUGAGUCGACUACUCGAAUAAUAUCCACCUAUAGAGCAAAUGAAGAAGAAGCCAACUCUGAAAAGCCUGCAAAAAGACUGAACACUGAGCCUUUGAAAGACUGUGGGAAAGAAGAAGCUAAGUUCUUUAGUUUUCAAGAGGCAGAGUCGUUCGCAUAA